AUCUACUUUUUCGAUACCAGCAUAGUCUAGUCAUCCAUAAUUUGGUCACCUCAAUACGCCCCUUGCUCCGAGUGCGCCGAACCUGCAGUGCUUGCGACUUGCCGGCGUCGUUCUAAACGAGAUCGACCAUGAGAGACCUUGGCAACCCAUGUUCCCCCGGCGAUCGAUCUUCUCCAGACUGGCCAGGAGGUUUCCAAAACCAAGACACAUUCAAUUCAGCUGUGUGAGCAGCACCAACGCCCGCGCUACGUGUCUUGAGUUCUGCGAAGACUUCCUGCAAAACAAGCAGCAGCGACGAACGUGGUUGGGACGACAGAAAAUCCGAUCAGGAAAUCUUUAUGAGGCUGGAGCGCACCGCGCCGGUCCCCCCUUCGUGGAAAUUGGAGGUUCGAGGUGUUGCGGAAGUGCGCCAUACGCUCCGGACGAUCACCAAGCAGCACUGGUACCCGGAUCGAUUUCAGCAACUCAAAGAGGAAGCCCCUGGAUUUACCGUGGUCUUUCAAGCGGCGAGGGAGUGUAGAUCCUCGACGUGUCAAGUUGUCUAAUUCAUGCAUGUAUCAU